AUGGACAUAGCAACGCUGCUGGAAGUAAGUAAAAGAGAUAGUGUAGUGGUGGAUGGCCGGUCGCCAGUGUCGCUGUACAGCGGCAUGGUGCCGAACCUGGCGUUCAAUGUGGCAAUGCUGGCGAUCUGGGGGGUGCUGCUGAGCUGGCAUACGCUGAUGAUCUGGUAUCGGCAGUACUGGUUCUCGUCGGCGUUUGUGUGUGCGGCGAUCCUGGAGGUGCUUGGGUACGUCGGCAGGGUGUGGUCGCACUUCGACGUGUAUCUUGUGAACCCGUUCCUGAUGCAGCUGGUGUGUCUGACGAUCGCGCCCGUGUUCACGAUGGGAGGCGUGUACUACCAGCUGGCCAAGAUGAUCGAGAUCUACGGCCACAGGUUUUCGCUGCUGCCGUCGCCGAUGGCAUACUCGUAUAUCUUCAUCGCGUUCGACUUCAUAUCUCUGGUGGUUCAGGCGGCAGGCGGCGGUGUGGCGGGCACCGAGUCGACAAACGGCGACAGCUCGGACACCGGUGACAACAUCUUUAUCGCGGGGCUGUCGCUGCAGGUUGCGUCGAUGAUUAUAUUCAUGGUGCUCAUGGGCCAUCUGUAUUACAAGGUUUUCGUCCAGACCCGUCUGGACCACAGCGGCCAGACCAAGCUGAGUCUCGGCUUGUUGAAGAUCAGCCGCACCGAGAUCGAUUAUCUGUACAGACAGAAGUUCAGCGACCUCAGGGUGCGUCCCGACCGCUGGGUGUUCCAUUACUUCCCUCUUGCUAUGGUCGUCGCGGUUGCUACGGUCUUUGUCCGUUGCUGCUAUCGUCUUGCAGAACUAGCCGCGGGCUGGAACGGCUAUCUUAUCAUACAUGAGAACUACUUCAUCAUUCUCGAUGCCCUGAUGAUUGCACUCGCCACCGUGGCGUUGUCGGUGUUCCAUCCGGGAUUCGCGUUCCAGGGAAGACACGUCUCUAUUCCUAUCACGCAUGGGCGUGUCGAUCCGGAGACCGUAGAGAAGCCGCCGUUCGAGCCGGAGAAAGAGGAUUCCUACAUUGACUCUGGCGAGCAAGUUUCGGGACGUGGCAACGUCUUUAUGAAGCCUUUCCAGAAGAUGAAGAACGCCUUCAGCUGA